AUGAUAUGCAACGUAUACUUACACUUGGGACUACGACUACCCGCAACCUCCCAGGGUCUGAAACUCUUCCUCAACGUCCAAGCAGUGCAGACCCUGGAUUUCGCCAAUUUUAAGGUUGAUAUGGGCCCACUCCUGCAUCAUGGCUCUAACAAGAUUACCGCUUUUGUGCCGACGUUGAGGUGGAACUACUACGUCCGCAGUGUUCACGAUGAGCUGGAGAUCUCGGGGUUGAAGCCGACGUUGACCACUUUGCUGGGGAAUGUGGAUGCGGACUGA